AACUUAAAUCAUUAAAGUACUUCAUAUACUAAUCUCCCAACUAUUGUAAUCACUGCUCCCACUUCUCUUUACUUUUUCUCUCUUCUGGGUACUGAAAAUUCUUCGGGAGCUCAUUUUGUUCGAAUAUGAAAAUGGGCUUGUUGGUUUGGGUUCUUUCAGCUGUUUCAGCUACAGCCCUUUUAAGCACCUGUGCAUUUGCCCUCUCUCAAGAUGGCUACACAUUGUUGGAUAUUAAAGAUGCUCUGAACGUCAGUCAAGGUUUUCUCAAUAACUGGAGAGCUUCUGAUGCCAACCCUUGUAACUGGACUGGCGUCUCUUGUCAUUUUAACGACCAACGAGUUCGUUCCAUAGACCUUCCGUACAUGGAACUCAAAGGGAUCAUUCCUCCAAGCAUUGGGAAGCUCCAGAGAUUACAGAGACUGGCACUUCAUCAGAACAGCUUGCAUGGAAUGAUUCCCACUGAAAUUACCCAAUGCACUGACCUCAGAGCACUGUAUUUAAGGGCUAAUUACCUCCAAGGAAACAUACCGCCUGAGCUUGGAAUUCUUUCUCAUCUUACCAUACUGGAUCUGUCAAGCAAUUCGUUGAGGGGAUCAAUACCUUCCACUAUCGGCCAUCUUACACAGUUACACUUUCUGAACUUAUCCACUAAUUUAUUUUCUGGUGAAAUCCCAAAUAUUGGAGUACUGAACACAUUUGGGAAUAAGUCGUUUACUGGAAAUUUAGAUUUGUGCGGUCAGCAAAUACAAAAACCAUGUCGGACCUCCUUGGGUUUCCCAGCGGUGCUACCACAUGAAGAGGGUGAACCACAAGCCACUGCAGUUCCUACAAAACGAUCUACUCAUGAUCUGAAUGGAGUUCUGAUUGGUGCGUUGUCGACAAUGGGUCUUGUGCUUGCUAUGCUUCUUAUUUCCCUCUGGAUUUAUUUACAAUCAAAGAAAGAAAGAGCUGCCAAGAAAUAUACAGAAGUCAAGAAGCAAGUUGAUCAAGAGUCAAGCACAAAGCUUGUUAUAUUCCAUGGCAAUAUUCCUUAUGCCUCAUUUGAAAUCAUCGAAAAGCUUGAGUCACUUGGUGAAGAGGAUGUGGUUGGAUCAGGAGGAUUUGGCACCGUAUACAAAAUGGUUAUGAACAAUUGUAGUACAUUUGCUGUUAAGAGAAUUGAUCGCAGUCAUGAAGGAUCCAUUCAAGUUUUUGAGAGGGAGCUCGAGAUAUUGGGUACCAUCAAGCAUAUAAAUCUUGUCAAUCUACAAGGUUACUGCAGGCUCCCCACAGCCAAACUUCUCAUUUAUGAUUAUUUGGCCUUGGGCAGCUUAGAUCAUCUCCUCCAUGAGCAUAAGGGUCAGCCCUUGAACUGGAAUUUGCGCUUAAGAAUAGCCCUUGGUUCAGCUAGGGGAUUGGCAUACUUACACCAUGACUGCUGUCCACCAAUCGUGCACCGCGACAUAAAAUCCAGCAAUAUACUACUUGACAAGAAUCUUGAGCCUCAUGUUUCUGACUUUGGUCUUGCCAAGCUCUUGGUGGAUGAGGAAGCCCACGUCACUACUGUGGUUGCUGGCACUUUCGGUUAUUUGGCACCAGAAUAUCUGAACAGUGGACAAGCCACUGAGAAGUCAGAUGUGUACAGCUUUGGAGUUCUCCUGUUAGAGCUUGUUAGUGGGAAGAGGCCUACUGAUCCAUCUUUUGUCAAGGAGGGCUUGAACAUCGUAGGCUGGAUGAAUACACUAGUUAGAGAAAAACGUUUGGCCGAUAUAGUGGAUAGAAGGUGUAUUGAUGCAGACGUAGAGACCAUACAACUGGUACUCAAUAUUGCUGCAAGGUGCACCGAUGCAAAUCCAGACGAUCGCCCUUCAAUGAAACACAUCUUGCAGGGGCUGGAGGAGGGGAUCAUGUCACCUUGCCCUAGUGAGUUCUACGAGUCACAUUCAGAUUGCUAUUAAUGGGAACAUGGUAGCCGUUUUUGAGAGUAUGUUCCAUUAGGUUUUUCACAUUCUGUGUCUCAUCCAUUUUGGAGGGUUGUGUCCCUGUCUCUGGGGCUCUGUACAGUUAUUACGUAAUUCUUAUGAAAU